AUGUCUGCUACGAUUUCGUCAUGCUUACUUUCCGCCGGCGAUAUGUAUUACGUAAAACCUUACCACGAUCUCAAUCAAAACCCCCCAAUCGUAGAAGAUGAUGAUGAUGAUAUUAUGUAUAAAGUGAAGCCAAUCAGCAAGCCGGCUAAUUUGACUGAAUCGGCUGAUCUGCUGAAAGAAUUAGAAAACAGACAAGAUGCUAUUUUUGCCCGGCUUCACAAAAUCCAAAAUGAAUUGGAUAAAAUGUCAGUUGGUAGUGACAAGAAAAUGACUACAACAGAACAAUCUUCACUGAAAAUUUCAUUUCAAGAUCUCGUGAUUGGAGUCGAUCCCAGUCAUAUACCUUUGUCUCUGUUGGUCCUUUAUGAACAAUUGUCACAAAUCUUCAAAGUGAAAGUAUCAGUGUUUGUCCAUUCUACUGUGAAGAAAUCCCCUAUGUCGCACAUGCAAAGUCUGUUUAAAUCAGCCCUGCCAGCUAAACAACCAGAUGAUUGUCGCACAACCAAUGAUUUACUUCUCACAUUUAUUUACAAACAAGUACGACAAGAUUGUUCUUUGAUGGUCAACCCAGAACGCCAGACUUAUAUUUAUGGUGAAGUGAAUGUUGCUCGAUAUCUGUCACGCCUUGCCAACCCCGAUUAUGAAUCUAAUCCAGUCACUUCCACACAGAUUGACCAUUGGCUGGAUUUGGCCAGUCUAAUGUUGUGGAAUGGCAGUGGUAAAGCCAGGUCACAAAUGGUUCAAAACAUUGACUCAGCAUUGACUAAAAGGAAAUGGUUGGUUGGUCAAAAUCUUUCAUUAGCUGAUAUUGUUGUCUGGUCAGGGCUGCAAUAUGCCAAAAUGAUGGACAAGCUGCCUUCCAAUGUCCAAGCAUGGCGAAAGAACUGCGAGAAUCAUCCGUACUUUAACCUUGUCAAUAAACUGUACAAAUGA